AGAGUUUUGAACUGUGCUUCCGAAGGUGGAGUACGAGUCCUCACUGUGGUCGCCUGGAUGCAGCUCGCCAGGGCAAUGCCCUCCCUUGAGGAGCUGGACUCCUUCAAGUACAGCGACCUUCAGAUCCUAGCCAAGAAUCUGGGCCUCCGGGCUAACCUGAGGGACGUGGCAGAUGAAUAUCUUUCUUUCCACGAUGAGCAGACCUCUGCAUCGUCCUGUGAGGAGGCUGAGCUGCAGAGCCAUAGCCAGGAACAAACUAAGAGGGAGCCACUUGGUCAUGGCACCAAAACUAGGAGAAGGUGCAGGAUAGUCCUCAGGAACCCUGACACUCAGGAUCAUUCAGAGAUAAAAGUAAGUGAUCACACUGAAUUCCAGAAUCAAGAGAAGCAGGAACACCAGGAUCUCAGAACAGUUGCAGAAGUGCCUUCACCACCAGAUGAGAUCCAAGGAGAGGAGAAUGCCGUUUCCUCAGGAAAAAGAAGAAGAAAUGACUUUAAGAAGCUUCACAAGGCUCGUUUUAAGGAAAUGGAGUCCAUCGAUCAAUAUAUUGAGAGAAAAAAGAAAAAUUUUGAAGAACACAAUGCAUUUCAUGAACUGAAGAAGCAGCCGGCCACCAAGGGCGCAGUGGUGACUCCAGUUCCUCUCCGGGGAAGGCUCCCCUUGGCUUGCACUCCCACCAGCCAGCCCCGCUCACAGGGCUGGCCACUGGGUGCUACGGGCAGGAGCACCUUGUGUGGGAAGGGCUCUGCCAAGCGUUCCGUGCUCUCGGCAACUAAAAUGAACGUCAGGUUUUCAGCUGCUACCAAAGAUAAUGAGCAUAAGCGUUCACUAACCAAGACUCCAGCCAGAAAGUCUCCACAUGUGACCAUAUCUGGGAGUACCCCAAAAGGCCAGGCUGUGCUCGGGAUAUACAAGAUAAAGACCACAACUGGGAAUUCCACUUCUGUUGUUACACCAUUCAGGUUGACAACUCAGGCAGCACAGACUCCAGUCUCCAGCAAGAAGCCAGUGUUUGAUCUCAAAGCAAGUCUGUCUCGUCCCCUCAACUAUGAGCCACACAAAGGCAAACUGAAACCAUGGGGUCAAUCUAAAGAAAAUAAUUCUCUGAAGGAACAUGUAAACAGAGUUAGCUUCCACAAGAAAACUUACAAACAACCUCCUCUCCAGACUAGGGAGGAACAACGGAAACAACAUGAGCAAAGAUGAAAGGAGAAGAAAGCAAAGGUUUUAGGAGCUCGGAGAGGCCUCAUUAUGGCUGAAGAUUAAUUUUUUAACAUCCGUAAAUAGUAUUUUAUUCUGAACCCUUUCUUUAGUGUAAAUAUUUUUUUCUACUGUCUUCCCCACUUUAGUCAAAAGAUUCUUCUGCUUUGUUCACUAUC